AGGAGCGUUGACUCGUGAAGUUCGCGAAGACCCACAUCGCCGCUCCGGCAAAUUGUGAUACCUACGGGCUUUGUUUUCUUUCCUCGAAUUCGGACCCCCCUUUUUUCAGUCCUAACGUGUGACCAUGUCGGACAAGGAAGAGUUGGUUCAGAAGGCGAAGCUCGCCGAACAGGCUGAGCGCUAUGAUGACAUGGCCGGGUCCAUGAAGCAAGUCACAGAGACUGGUGUCGAACUUUCAAACGAGGAGCGGAACCUCCUCUCGGUCGCCUACAAGAAUGUGGUCGGUGCACGGCGUUCGUCGUGGCGUGUCAUCUCCUCCAUCGAACAGAAAACCGAGGGUUCGGAACGAAAACAACAGAUGGCCAAGGAAUACCGCGAAAAGGUCGAGAAGGAACUCAGGGAAAUCUGUUACGAUGUACUGGGUCUGCUUGACAAGUACUUGAUCCCCAAGGCAUCCAAUCCCGAAUCCAAAGUGUUCUACCUGAAGAUGAAGGGCGAUUACUAUCGGUAUUUGGCAGAGGUGGCCACCGGUGAUUCCCGUGCAACCGUAGUUGAGGACUCGCAGAAGGCGUACCAGGAGGCUUUCGACAUCGCCAAGAGCAAAAUGCAGCCAACACACCCGAUCCGCCUGGGUCUGGCGUUGAACUUCUCCGUAUUCUAUUACGAGAUCCUCAAUUCGCCCGACCGUGCCUGCCAGUUGGCGAAACAGGUAACGAGAUGUCGCUCUCUCGACAUGUGCGUCGCCCGCAUGGUUCUCCGCAUGCUCCGCCGCGCCUGGUCCUACGCGGGCUGCGACCCGGUGCGCCUAGGCUUGGCGCUCAACUUUUCCGUGUUUUACUACGAGAUUGUCAUGUCUGCGGACCGGGCGUGCCACUUGGCCAAGCAGGCGUUCGACGACGCCAUAGCCGAGCUGGACACGCUGAACGAGGACAGCUACAAGGAUUCCACUCUCAUCAUGCAACUCCUGCGCGACAACUUGACGCUCUGGACGUCAGACACGCAAGGCGACGGCGAAGAGGCACAAGAGGCCGGGGACAACUGAAAAGAGCGAAAGAAAAGAGAGUGCGCGAGAUGAGAAAGAGAGGAAGGAAGAAAGUUUGAAACGAAGCGAGACAGUGUGAGAGGAAGAGAGAGAGAAAGAGGGUGAUGAAGAUGAUGAUGAUGAAUUAAGAAACGAAAGAAGGAAAAAUCCCGGAAGCAGAAGGUGGAGAACUAAAAAAGGCGCGGACUGGUUCUUCCCUUUCUUGUUUCUCUUUCUCUCUCUCUCUCUCUCUCUCUGGAAAUUGUCUCUGGGGGAGAACUGGGAGCUGGCAAGAGAGAGAAAGGGAAAGAAGGGAGGAAGAAGCAAGACACGCGCCAGAAAAAAAUGAAGGAAACUUUUUUUCGCAAAAUUUGCAUGGGUGGGUCGAAAAGGAGAGGAGAAAGAAAAUUAAACGAAAUGAUGAGCAGGAGGAAAUGGUGAGAUUAAAAAAUAAACAAAAAACGUGGUUUUCAACGCGAAGAAAGAAGGAAUCGGGAGUUUUUUUUUUUUCCCGUUGCAAAAAUUUUUUUUUCGUUUCCUUUUUUUCGCAGUAAACAUUCGAUGAGCGCGUUUAAAAAAAGUAUAAGGUGAAAAAGAAGCGGUUGGUUUUAUUUUUUUCGGUUCCAUUCGUUCAUUCGUUACAAAAAAGUUUUUUUUUUUUUUGGACUCAGUUGUUGAGCUCCUUCCUCCUCCUCCCCCCUCUUUUUCCCCCCCUCGGUGGUUUCGUUGGAAUCGGUGUGGUGUCGCCGGGAAAAAUAUCGGUGUAGUGGGCAGAACGAAGAGAGGUCGUCGCGAGAGCUUGAGGUCAGCUUGCCGGACUGUGGAAAACGGGAAAAGAGCCGCGUUGAGUUGAAACAGGCGAAAGAGAAAAUUCCUUACUGCCGUGUGGAGAGAGAGAAAGAGAGCAACAAGAAAAAGAUUGAGAGCGCGAGAGAAAGAGACACAAUGUUCGAAGCUGGAGACCAAUCCGAGUCUGAAUAAACAUCACUUCGCUUCACUACGA